AUGGCCAAACAUUCCGUCCGGGGUUCUACGUUCCCUAGCGUGAACAAACUUGUGGCAGCAUCUAUCUUCCUUUGGUUACAUUCGACCACUGCAUCGCCGUCCUCCCCACUCUACACUCCACAACUUCGUGCCGCCAGGUCCGACGAAAUCACAGCAGCCGUCUCUGUAUCAUCUAAUACAUUGGCAUCUGCUUCAUAUGCCUCCAAAGAUUAUCUGGUACUGGAUACAAAUACGACUCUGUCGGGAGGCAUUUCGGUGGGCCUCGGUGACGGCGGCGAGUCGAAUCCUCCAUCUACCGGUUACCGUGCUGUGGCCUACUUUGGCAACUGGGACAUUUACGCCCGCAAUGUUCAGCCUACCGAUGUCCCUACGGAUCUACUGACCCAUGUCAUCUACUCCUUUGCCAAUGUCAAAAAGGACACUGGCGAAGUCAUCCUCAGCGAUUCAUAUGCAGACACCGAGAAGCACUACCCGACCGAUUCUUGGGAUGACAAAGGCAACAAUGCCUAUGGAUGCGUCAAGCAAUUUUACCUCUUGAAGCAGAAGCAUCGCAACAUGAAAUUCCUGCUGAGCAUCGGAGGCUGGACGUACGCCCACGAGAACAAAGUCUUUGCGUCGAUUGCCAACCCCGGAUGGAUCUCGACGUUUGCCAAGACUGCGGUGCAACUUCUCAAAGACAUGGCCUUUGACGGACUCGACAUCGAUUGGGAAUACCCGGAAAACACUGAGCAAGCCGCAGGUUAUGUCAAGUUGCUGCAAGCGAUCCGCGACGAGAUGGAGGCAUAUUCCCAAACUCUGCCCGAGAAGCCGCACUUUUUGCUGUCCGUCGCAUCUCCCGCCGGUGCUCUGAACUACGAGCUUUUGGAUAUCAUGAAGAUGGACCAGUAUCUCGACAUGUGGAAUCUAAUGUCGUAUGAUUACUCCGGCGCUUGGGACAAGGAUAGUGGAUUCGCCGGUCACUCGUCGACGAUUUUCGCCUCACAGCAGAAUCCCAAAUCCACGCCUUUCGACUCUGCCAAGCCACUGAUCUACUACCUCGACAAAGGCAUCCAUCCCGGCAAGAUCAACCUUGGCAUGCCCCUGUACGGCCAUUCGUUCAUGAACACCGACGGACCUGGACAAAAGUUCCAAUCGGUCGGUAAAGGAAGCUGGGAGGCAGGAAUCUAUGACUACAAGGUUCUCCCUCUCCCAGGCGCCCAAGUCUACAAGGACGAAUCCAUCCUCGCAAGCUGGUCCUACGACCCCCAGACUCGCGAGAUGAUCUCCUACGACACGCCCGAGAUCGUCGAGAUCAAAAUCGAAUUCAUCAAAGCCAACAAACUCGGCGGCGGCAUGUGGUGGGACGCCAGCGGCGACCGGCCCAAGGACGACCCGCAGAGCCUCAUCGCCCUCGUCGUCAAGGGCCUCGGGGGUGAGAACGGCGGUGACAUGGAGCAGAUCCAAAACGUCCUCGACUAUCCCGAGAGCAAGUAUGAUAACAUCAAGUCGGGCAUGAAGCAGCAGAAGGGGGAUGGAACUACUACCACCACUACCAAGACUCCUACCGCCACCGCCGCUUAG